AUGCUCGCAUCGGGGCACUUUUCGAAUAACCAAGCAGGGCAGUUGAAGGUGCUAGUCGUCCUGACAUCGAGAGAAGUGGUUGAUCGGCAGGAGCCGAUCACGCCGCUGAGGUCAGACGAAUACUCGACGCUGGUCAAGGAAGACCAGAAGCGGAAGGCCAAGCAAGAGGGCACUAACUCAUCCUCAAGGCGCCAAAAGCGUGUCAAGCAAGAACCGCAGGUCAAGCAAGAAAAGAGCACCUCGGAGACAAGUCAGGCCAGCCAGGAGAUACACGUCAAACCGAUCAAACAGGAAGAAUCCGUUCCAACCCCCUCCUAUCAAAGCCCGAAACGCAACGAGACGGAGGAUGCUGCCAAAGACAUUGUUGGACACGGAAGAGUGGUAGAUCUAAGUGGAGUGGACGAUACACGCUGCGAUCUAGUGUUUGCCAUGUCUGAUGCGAAGGGAAGCGAGGGCGGGCUCGACGAAGAAGACGAAGUUGACGAAGAAGAUCGUGACGAAGUGGCUCGUUUUGUUCCAGAGUUCGUAUGA